CAUCUGACUUUGACAGAAAUAAAUAGAUCAACCGUGUCUCUAUCUCAAUCUCAAAACAUCAAGCAAAACAUAAAGGGAAAGGAAUUCAACUUGGUAGAUGCCAUAAUAUUUGUACAUAAUCGUAUGAUCUGAUUUUCCUGACUUUCUGUGUCGUAGAUAAUGGAUAAAUACUACACUUUUAAUCCAAAAAUAAUGAGUAAAACGAGGACGGCGGGUGAUGGAAUGGAGUCGAACGAAAGUACGUCAGAAGGGGGAAGUAACGUCGAUUCGAAGACUACAGUUACUUCCAAUAGAAAGGACAGUGUAUUGCCUGUUCGAUUGGUCCAAGUAUUUCCCACUAAUACUCUAAAAUCUGAUAAAAAGAAGUCAAUAAACAUGAAGACAGCCAAGUUUGUGCCUUAUGAACCAUACCCAGCUGCUGUAAAGCCUAUGACGCCCCAACUUGUGGCGAAAGGGUUAAAAAAGUCAAGGAACAACAUGGAUAUUAACACUUUAAUCACUCAAAUGUCUCAGAUGAACACUGACUUGAAUGAAUUCAAACCUAGGCCUAAGUUAAACUCAACUAGUGAUAAGUCUGGAUCUAGUGCUGACACCUGUGCAGAGAAACUUGAGAUGCAAAAGAAAAUUGAUAACUUAACACAUGAAAAUGAAUCUCUUAAAGAACAACUGAAACAACAAGUUCAGGUCAAUAAAGAAUUAAAAACAAUGUUGGUGGCGUCUAUGGGUGAGGACCUUGAGAUACAAGUACAAUCUCUGAAUGAUGAUAAAAAGCACUUGGCAAACGCUUUACUGAGUUCUGCACAACACUUGUCUACACAUCAGGAACAAACAGAAUGGUUGGCUGGUCAGUGUGAAGUUUGGAGAAGCAAGUUUCUGGCUAGCAGCUUGAUGGUAGAAGAGCUUGCACAAUGUAAGAAAUUGUUCAAUGAAAAGACUGACAAUUUGCAACAAGCAAUUAAACAACUACUUGACGAGAGGUGCAGAGCUAGAGACAUGAUGUUAUGUACCUACAAAAACUUGUACAGUCUACACGAAAAGUGGCUUGAAAAUAUCGCCAUUUCCGAGUAUGUUGGCAACAGCAAGAUAUACAACCGUCCAAUAGGAAAUCUACAUUUCAAUGCAACUGCCCCACAUUCUACAAAUAUAAUUGAUAUGGCGUCCGUUAAUUUGAAACUCUCUGAAAAUAUUAGCAGUUCAGUAGAAAAACAGGAUAUCAGUCAUUUGAAUAGUUUACCGACUAUCACUGAAGGAGAGAAAAAUGCUGAAAACAUAAUGGCGAUGCCCCUUGAAGUGAAGAAAGUGAAUGAAGAGCCAGUGAACGCGUUAGUCCACCACGCGUACAGCAACAGCGGCAACACAGUUCGACCAAUAGCGUCCUGCGUGCAUUGUCACGGGAAAGUCCAACUUCUCUAGUUAGUGUAACUUUUAGAAACACCUGGAUUCUAAAAAGUCCGGUCAACAUUGAAUAAGUCUUACAGCCGUAUGCAAGGACGGCGCUUUGCUAAGUGGCGUUUUGACACACGGCUCAUUACUUUCUCUUAAUACUUAGAUGUGAGUGGCAAGUCAAGUCCUGUGAUUGUUAACCGAAAUUUUGGCAAACCAAUCACAAUAAGAUACUAAAUUAGUCCCCAUAUUGAAAGAGGGCCUUUUAGAAACCGGGUUUAGUGUAUUCGUAUUUAUUUCUAGGGAUUAAGGUCAUGUAUUGUUUAGACAUAAUUUUUCAGGGGACAGACAAUAAUGUGUUCGUGCCAAUUUCAUGUGUUUGAGUUGAACUGUCUUAGAUUUCGAAAUAGUUCUGUUUUUUACGACUGUAACUCUUUCAACUACAGAUGAAAUAAUAUUACGAUAUUCUAAUACUUUCAUUGUUCCAGUAGCAAAUACAUGAAGCCGUUUGAUAUAGUUAUUAAACAUCGCGGUCAUUGUAAGCUCAUCAAAAUCUUUCAAACUGUUGCCAUUGCAUUGUAUUGCUCAUUUUUCCUACCCCAAUGUCAAUCACGUCAAAGAGUUCAGCAUGUUAGUUGAUCAGAAUCAGAUAGCUUUAAUGUUUCGUUAUCCCUGCCUCCAUCAAAAUUAAAAGGUGAAAAUCAACAGGGUUAUUUGUCUAAAAGAAAUUCACAAUAACUUCCUUGUAUAAACAUAUAAUACAUAAUAUAGUUACUAGUUAGCUAAGUGUGCAUCGCACAUAAACUUAUGACGCGUCGAGGUCAAUUUGACUAAGUAAUUUUAGUUAAUAAUAUUUUAAAACAAAUGGUGCUCUCAGUAAUAAAUGAUUUGGUUUUAUGGAUGUGAAUUAUUAAGCGCAAAGAAUUUUAAAUAAAAUAUUAUUCCGGCUAUUACUGUUACCUACUGCUAAAAUAAGCACGAAGGCGUUUUGGAAAUCGAUAUAGGAACUAAAUCUGCAAAGAUAUUUUUGUGAAGGUCUUCCACUCUUGCAUACUUUCGUCAAGA